GUGCUGUUUCACUCGCUUGGGCAAGAUGGCGGCGCCCGUUGUUAUUGUGAUGUGCUUCUCAUCGUAGAUAGAGAGGAUCGCCGGCGAUCGCUCGUCCGUGCCAAACGCCCCUGACUCAGCGUAUCUGUGCUAACGAGAGUGGAACAACGGCCCGUCGCGUCAAGUCAGCCAUGAAGAGGCGAAGCUCGAAAGUCAAGGCGGAGAAUGCAUCGAGUCGUGGCGUCAACAAGAUGCAUGUGGCACCACCAGAGGUGCUGGAGGACCUGCCGUUGGCGAUCAGUAGCAAGAUCACCAUGACCGACGAAGAGCUGGUGCACCUGUCGGUGCGUGACCUUAACCGCCAGUUGAAGGCAUCCGGCCUAACCCGGUCCGAGAUAGUCAAAAUGAAACAGCGCCGGAGGACGCUCAAGAACCGAGGCUAUGCAGCGAGCUGUCGCAACAAGCGGCUAGAGCAGAAGGAUGACUUGGAAGGUGAACGGGCAGUUGUGAUCCAGGAGAUAUCGCGCCUUCAGGAGGAGAACAAGACACUAGAGGGAGAAGUGGACAACCUACGCUCGAAGUACUCUACCCUGCUGGAAUACGCUCGCAAACAGGGCAUUCCCUUACCGGCCGACCUGAACACCAACUUCUAGCCGAUGGUUUCUUCAUCUGUCAUUACCCCACACACAGCAUGCUCAAUGUACUCAACCCUUUCAUGCAUACACGAAAACGAAUCAUUCACGCAUCACGGUGCAAUGGCACCAAGGUAUCACUGCAAUACGAGAAUGGUAGUGGGUGUCAAAAGAUAUGGCACAAGAGCCUGAAGACUGAAGUCUUGAGAAACAUAGAAGUUUCUUAGGGAUAAGAAGUGUUCCAACCAAGAAUGUCAUGACAAAUCUUGUUGCUAACGUAUUGGCUCUAGCGUGAUUCCUUGUUUGACAGCUUCUCAUCUCUCAAAUCUGCAUUUGUAAUAUGGUAUUUUAUGACCCCGUAUCAGCUUGUAAAGCUGAUUUGCUGCUUUUACGUGGUAAGGUUGUAAAGGAAUACCUUGCUGUCUUUUUCACGGCCACAUUGUGCAUAACACAACACUUUAUUUGCACACAUAUGUAUUGGCACUAGUGCGAAUACCACAUCAUGGUAGUUGUCUUUCCUGAACAUCUUAUGUGAAAUUUUGGCCUUUUGCAUGUUGUUUUCUAUCAUUUUAUGAUUUGUCUCUGCUGGCGAUAGUUGUCAGUGAAAUCGAAGAUCAUUGCACAAAUCGCAGAACUUUACGAUUGCUUCACACAGGGUCACACCUUUAUAACUUAAAAGCAGUUUUGGUAUAAUCUGCAUAUUUAAUGCAGUCCAAUGCCCCAUGAACUAUUGCCGAAAUAACUACGACUGUCAUGCUGUGUGAGAACUUCAUUUGCUUGUUGUUUACCGUUGCAUGACAUUUAAGACAUGCAGUCGUAUUGUUGCAUGCUUCAUUGUUGUUAGACCGCAUACAUUGUUGCUUGUUGUACAUAUACACUUUAUUUUACUCUGCUCUUGGGGGAGGUGUUGCAUGUUGUCAUUGUUUAUUUACCUUUUGUCAAUAAAAGCUCAUAUACAGAAGUA